AUGGUUCAAAAUCCGCUUUUCGUUUUGCAAGACAUUCCAGGCAAAGGCAAAGGCCUGGUAGCCAGCUGUGACAUAAAUCCUGGGAUUUUACUAAUUAGCGAGACACCGCUCUUCACCACCGAAUCUCUUCAAGAUGUCAGCACGAUAGAGCAGGAUCUCGCCCAAAUCGUGAAGGGCUUGUCCAAAGAUGACCAAAGAGCUUUCCUUCUUCUACACAACAACUUCAAGGGCGAGCCACACCCCUUCAGCAAUAUCGUGCGUUCAAACGGAUAUCCCCUAGGGCCAAGCAGCGACAUUGGAGGUAUCUUCCCACUUGUAUCGAGGAUCAACCAUUCCUGUAGACCCAACGCGCAGCAUGCCUGGAAUGAGGAGCUCAAAAGCAUGUUGGUCCAUGCUGUCCGAGAGAUUUCAGCGGGCGAGGAGCUGACACUUUCGUACCUCAACGGGGGACCAUCGGCGCAGCGGAAGCAAAUUCUCAAAGACAACUUCCGGUUUGAUUGUGCUUGCGAGCUUUGCUGCCUUUCCACAUCUGAUCUUGCAAGAAGUGAUGACAGACUAUGCCGAGCGCAGGCUCUGGAUGAAAAGAUUGGGGAUCCCAAAAGGGUGCGGAACAAUCCUGAGCGGGCUCUGGACGACUGUCGAGCCUUGCGCACCAUUUAUCAGGCAGAGAAGAUCUCGGAUCUCAGGCUACCCCGACUCUACUAUGAUGCAUUCCAAAUUUGCGCUAUGCAUGCUGAUCGUGCUCGGGCAUCGGUCUUCGCUCGUCGAGCAUGGCAGACCCGUAUGAUUUGUGAGGGAGAGCGCAGUGCCGAGGUCGCAAACCUGCGAAAACUUGAAGCGGAUCCUGGGAGGUUUGAGAACUUUGGCGUGACUACCAAGUGGAGGUCGAAGAUGCAGGAUGUUCCGUAUCAGGGCGAUGGGAAGGAAGAAGCUUUCGAGCAGUGGUUGUGGAGAGAAAGUACAAAAGCUUGA